AUGGAUCUUCUAUCUGUUCUUCCAGACUUCGUGACGAAAUCAUAUGCACAUAUUCUACCUCCACUCGAGCGAAGUAAGAUCACCACCGUCGACCUCAUCACCCUCGAGACCCUCGAGAUCGCGAAACGCGCCCAUGUGCCGCCCACAGAUGUGCGGCGGCUCUCCGCCCAGAUCAUCGAGGCCCUGCACGCCGACCUUGGAUUCGAGAAGAGCCAAGUAGAGAUAGGAGCGUCCUCGGAUGCCGAGCCCAGCUCAAGCAUCAAUCCUGACUCGGUUAUCGUCACCCCCGGGCCGACUACGAAGCUCCAGCCGUCGCGAUGGAAUACGAUCAACACGUUAGACCCCGCAAUGGAUGCACUGCUGGGUGGUGGGAUACCAAUGGGAUAUGUCACGGAAAUAACGGGAGAGAGUGGCAGCGGCAAAACCCAAUUCCUCCUCAGCCUCCUUCUAGCGGCUCAGCUGGUUGAGCGAAAUGGCCUACCGUCGCAGGCCGUAUACAUCUCUACCGAACACCCUCUCGCAACGAGUCGCCUCUCUCAAAUGCUAGAAUGCCACCCACAACUAUCCAGUCUCCCCGCCGACAAGGCACCGUCCCUCGAGAACAUUCUAUCCAUCAACGCGAUGGAUUUGGAGGCCCAAGACCACAUCCUCAAUUACCAGCUCCCCGUCGCUCUCGCAAACUACAACGUUAGCCUGGUGAUCAUUGACUCCGUCACAUCGAAUUACCGUGCUGAACUCUCCUCCAACAAUAUCCUCGCCAUCUCUACCCGUUCCACCGAGCUUGCAAAGCUAGGGCAAAUGCUGCGCAAUCUUGCCGCAAAGGAAAACAUUGCCAUUGUCUUAGCAAAUCAAGUCUCCGAUCGAUUCGAGCCCGCGGAGGGGAUCGGUGCCGACCCAGCUCAACGAUCAGGCUUUCCAUCGAUCCUGUCUCAGGGUGCUGUGGCGCGUGAAGCCGGGGCUGCAUCACCGUUGCAGAGGACCAGAUCAGACAACUCAGACCAACUGUCCCAGUAUAGCCAAGCGCCUUCUUCAUCUCAGGCUAUUCCAUCAUCGCCCUAUCAUGCUCCAGACGAUGAGAAAUUUGACGGCUCAUAUAUCAUUGAAAACCCGGCUCGGAAUAGUAUCCUGAGCCUGGUACACCAGGAGCGGUUCUUCACCGGAUGGGGCGACGGUUCGUACUUUGAGAAGAAUCUCAAGACACCGGCUUUGGGAUAUUUCUGGUCGACACAGAUUGCUUGUCGUAUUGCAUUGAAGAAGGAGGAGAGACGAACAGUGGCCGCGCCUUGGGAUAGUAGUGAUGCAUACUAUCCAGUGCCUACCCCGACAGAGAAGGAAGACUCUCAAGAGAACGGCGUGGCAGGAAAAACGAACCAGUACAAAACUGUGAUUUCCUCGGCCCGCAACGCCCAAGCAGCGAAGCCUGAAAUCGGGUCUGAGCUGUCCAAAGAAAAGGAUCAGGCUCCAAGCUCCAUUAAGAAGGAAGUGCCUUCGCAGAGGCCCAUGGAGCCCCCUGCAAUUGAAUAUAGCACACGACGCACUAUGAAGCUCGUUUUUGCUCCUUGGACGGCUGGUAGAAAAGAGCCAGCCACGGACAAAAAUCAAGAACUGGGACAGGUUGAAGACCGAGGAACUAUGGAGGUGGAAUUUGAGUUAUGGAAAGGAGGACUACGGAGCAUACGCCCUGAUAAUUGA